GGGUUGGAAAUCCAUGGGCGGAUCCACAGGAUUAACAUAUUUGAUGAACUAGAUGUCAUGUCUGAAGAGGAUACUGUACCAGAGGAAGUUCCAGAGAACAGCAGCAACAAGGAAAAUACAGAAACACCAGCUGUUGCACCGAAAUCAGGGAAACACAAAAAUAAGGAAAAACGGAAGGAAAGUGGACACCACCAUCACAAUCCUUCCUCCAAUGCUGGUGCAGCAACUAAGCUCCCUGAAGCGGUGUACCGAGAACUUGAUAAUGAUACUCCAGAUGCACCUCCUAGACCUACAUCUUAUUACAGGUACAUUGAGAAAUCAGCAGAGGAAUUGGAUGAGGAGGUAGAGUAUGACAUGGAUGAAGAAGAUUACAUCUGGCUUGAUAUAAUGAAUGAAAAACGCAAGACUGAAGUUGUAAGCCCCAUUCCACAGGAAGUGUUUGAGUAUUUGAUGGACCGUUUGGAAAAGGAAUCUUAUUUUGAAAGUCACAACAAAGGAGAUCCCAAUUCGCAGGUCGAUGAAGAUGCUGUUUGCUGCAUUUGUAAUGAUGGUGAAUGCCAACACAGUAAUGUGAUAUUAUUUUGUGACAUGUGUAACUUAGCUGUACACCAGGAGUGCUAUGGGGUUCCAUAUAUCCCAGAUGGACAGUGGCUGUGCAGGCGAUGUUUACAGUCACCUUCCCGCGCUGUUGACUGUGCAUUAUGCCCAAAUAAGGGUGGUGCCUUUAAGCAGACAGAUGAUGGUCGUUGGGCACAUGUUGUGUGUGCCUUGUGGAUUCCAGAGGUUUGCUUUGCCAAUACAGUGUUUUUGGAACCUAUAGAUAGCAUAGAACACAUACCUCCUGCUCGCUGGAAGUUGACUUGUUACAUUUGUAAACAGCGGGGAUCUGGGGCAUGCAUUCAGUGCCAUAAAGCAAACUGUUACACUGCAUUUCAUGUGACUUGUGCGCAGCAGGCAGGCCUUUAUAUGAAAAUGGAGCCUGUAAGGGAAACUGGAGCCAAUGGGACUUCAUUUAGUGUGAGAAAAACUGCUUACUGUGAUAUUCACACUCCACCAGGGUCUGUCCGCAGACUUCCUGCCCUUUCACAUAGUGAAGGAGAAGAGGAUGAAGAUGAAGAUGAAGAAGGUGGGAAAGGGUGGAGUUCAGAGAGAGUGAAGAAGGCAAAGGCCAAGUCGAGGAUUAAAAUGAAGAAAGCUCGAAAGAUCCUUGCUGAGAAGCGAGCUGCUGCUCCUGUUGUCUCUGUUCCAUGCAUCCCUCCUCACAGGUUGAGUAACAUCACAGGCCGCCUAACCAUCCAGCGUAAGAGCCAGUUCAUGCAGAGAUUACAUAGUUACUGGACACUAAAAAGACAGUCUCGCAAUGGAGUUCCUUUGCUGCGACGUUUGCAGACACAUCUGCAGUCUCAGAGAAAUUGUGAACAGGAUUUUAGAACGGACUUACUGGAUGCUUCUUUCUUCACUGACUUUUUGGGGAAACCAGAAGACGACAUUGUACCACAUCAAAUUGAAAACCAGGUCAGCUGUGACAUAAAGGAUAAGGUAUCUGGGGAGACUCCAUCUUCAGCUUUAUCAGUUCGUCUUCCACAGCGAGAUUCUGAAGACAGAAACUGGGCAUUAAAAGAACAACUGAAAUCCUGGCAGAGACUUCGACAUGACCUGGAAAGAGCCCGCUUGCUAGUGGAACUGAUACGCAAGAGAGAAAAGGUCAAAAGGGAGUCGAUUAAAGUCCAGCAACUCGCUUUAGAACUACAACUUACACCAUUUUUGAUUCUGCUCAGAAAAACAUUAGAGCAGCUUCAGGAAAAAGAUACGGGUAACAUUUUCAGUGAACCUGCUCUCCUUACAGAGUUACAGGUGAGAAAAUAUCUGGCAGCCCAGCAGAAGCCAAAAUGGUCACAGGUUCCAGAAUACAUAGAGCAUAUUAAGAAACCAAUGGACUUUCAGACCAUGAAAGAGAAUCUAGAGGCUUACAAGUAUCGUAACUUUGAUGACUUUGAGGCUGAUUUCAACUUGAUUGUCACUAACUGUCUGAAAUAUAAUGCCAAAGACACAAUUUUUUACCGAGCUGCAAUUCGAUUACGGGAGCAAGGCAGUACUGUUCUCCGUCAGGCCCGCAGACAGGCUGAAAAAAUUGGCAUAGACUUUGAAACUGGAAUGCAUAUCGCAGUCCCACUGGGGCCUCGUGGCCUGGAGGAGGAAGAGGACCAGAUGCUGCUACCCGAAAACAGGAAGAGUUUACCACUGGAAGAGCAGCUGACCAUCUUACAGUCAAAACUUGAUGAACUGAAUGCAGGCAAACAUAGCAUUGGUUGCUCACGCCGAGCCAAGAUGAUCCGUAAGAAGAUCACAGUCAUCCGAAGAAAGCUUGGCCACCAGAGAGAAUCACGGGAGGUUGGGGAGCGACACAACACAUCUGGGAGAAGCAUUCAACCUUCCCAUAAUGCCGCUGGAAAGGAUGGCCACACAGACAGUGCUGCAGAGGAGAGUAGCAGCCAUGAAACUGGCAAAGGUCUUGGAACUACCUCUUCUACUCCAGCUCAUGAAGUAGGACGAAGGACUUCUGUUCUUUUUUCUAAGAAGAAUCCUAAAACAGGACCCCCCAAACGGCCAGGUCGACCCCCAAAAAAUAGGGACAAUCAGGCAUCUUCUGGACCAAGUAAUAGCAAUCCAACGGGAUCCAUGCGCCUCCCAGCAGCAGUGGCAACUUCUCAGAAGCACAGGAAGCGGGGUCGUCCAGCAAGGUCAAGCACUAGUUCGGACAGUGACAGUGACAAAUCUGCAGAUCUUCAAAUCGGACCACCUGCAAAUGGUUUUGACAGUGGAAACCAGCAAUUACAGAAGAGCUUUCUUGUAUAUAGAAAUGAUCGUAGUCUUCCCAGGAGUAGCUCCGACUCUGAGUCCAGCACCAGUACAAGUAGCAGUGCUGCUUCAGAUCGAACCAGCACUACUCCUUCUAAGCAAGGGAGAGGAAAGCCCUCUUUCUCUCGUGUAAGUUGUCCAGAAGACAGCAGUGAAGAUACCUCUGGGACAGAAAAUGAAGCAUAUUCUGUUGGAGGGGGACGAGGAGUCGGACACGUGCGGAAGGGAGGUGGACGCUCAGUUGGAUGGAUGUCGGGCGAUGAAGACUCUCCUUUAGACUCCCUGGACUUGGUUUGGGCAAAAUGCAGAGGAUACCCAUCCUACCCAGCUCUGAUCAUAGACCCAAAGAUUCCACGAGAAGGAUUGUUCCACCAUGGAGUUCCCAUACCAGUACCCCCUCUUGAAGUCUUGAAACUUGGAGAACAGAUGACUCAGGAAGCCCGCGAGCACCUCUACCUUGUGCUCUUCUUUGACAACAAGAGAACAUGGCAGUGGCUUCCUCGAUCCAAACUUGUCCCGUUGGGUGUAAAUCAGGAGCUGGACAAAGAAAAAAUGCUGGAAGGCAGAAAAUCGAAUAUCAGAAAGUCUGUGCAGAUUGCUUAUCAUCGUGCAAUGCAGCACCGCAGUAAAGUGCAAGGAGAACAGAGCAGUGAUUCAAGCGAGAGUGACUAGAUACAGAAUUGAACUAGAAUGCAGUUUAGGAUCUGGGGGCUUGGAAGGAGGGGGUUGUCUGAUCCCCAGUACUGUGACACAAAACACUGUGAUAAUUUUUCCUUUUUUCCUUAUUGUAAAAUUAUCGUAUAGAAUUAUUUUCUACAAUGUUGUAUGUGACAUUUGUAUCUGAUGGUGUCAUUGUCAUAGGCUGCUGUUUUUUUAUAUGAAACACCAUGCUGUCUCCAUUAAAACCUCUCUUCCUCCCCCAGUAACUUUUAUGUUUUGUACCACGUUGAUUUUACUCGUACAAUGAACUGACUGCCGUAGAUAUGCAACUGAAACCUCCUGGACCCCGCCACCUCGCCCAUCUUUCAAGCUUUUGGUUACAGAAGAUGCUUUCAUCAUGUACAUGUUUAUUGCACUGGCUCCUAUGGAUUGCCAUUGAUAUGAUGGUGUGAAGUUUAUUGUACGUUACCUCAACUGAUAGGUUAGUUUUCUAUUCUUAAGGGAGAUGUUCAGUAUGCCGUAUGCUAAUUUUUAGCAUCUCCUUAGGGAUUUGGUCUAGAUGCCAGCUGUUGGCGUUAUUGCUUACAUCUGCAGUAAUCCUCCUAGCUCACAAGAACUGUUAUUUACGAGAAUUUUCAGGUGGUUCUUUUAUUCUUUAUUUGUAGUACCUAUGGAUAAGUCACUAAUACUGUUGUCCUAGUGAGAACUUUUUUUUUUCAUCAGAUGAAUUCUAUUGCUGGUUUUGUUGGAAUCUAUGUGACAGCAUUUGCUUAUUUCAGAAGUCUGCUAUGCACCACACUAUGAUACCUCACCAUUCCAGCAUUGUUUCACAUGCGGUUAAUUUUAGGUGAGCCGUGUUCAUUAUUGCAAGGCUAGUUCGCCCAGUACUGCUAAGAUUUGUUGCAGAGCCAUUCUAGGAUGUUAUUACUGUAAUCGCAAACCUUCCUUUGAUGUCAUGAAAAAUGUGAUCAGUGCUAUAUACAUUUUAAGUUAUUUUAUACGACCUAUCUGUCGUGGCUUGUACUUUGCAUUUGUAGCAGUUCUAAUUAUUUUUUAACAAAUGUUAACACCUAGAACACAACUUAUUUUUUUUAUUAUGGUUUUUACCUUUUGCUUUAUGUUUUCAGGUUGUGAACAGCAUAUAUCGUACUACUUUUCUUUGUCAAAACAUUUCUGUUAGUUGAGUACGUUUCAGACAAAUUUGUGAUGGUUAACGGGUAAAUGCCUGUGUAACUUUAUGUACCAGAUAUGAUUUAUACAGUUUUUGAGUGUAUAUUCCCUAUCUGCUAGAAAGAAAAACAUAUAUAUAUAUAUAUAUAUAUAUAUAUAUAUAUAUAUAUAUAUAUAUGUAUCAAGUCAUCUCUCUGUGUGCUGACCAUUGCAGCUGAGUAGAGUAGCAUUUGAGAUAAAAUAAGAAGAAAUUGUCAUCAGCAUUUCUGUGAUUAAGGUGCAAUCUUAAUGUUUUCAUAACAGAAUUUCUGUUGCAUUUUGCUUAUGUUUCUAUUCUUGCUUCAGUGUUGCAGUCACCUGGUUAUGACAUUCCACUCAUGUUCAUCAUGAUUGACAUUUUGUGAACUAUUUAUUGGGUUGAGCGUUUUGGCUUUUUAUAGGAUAAUAGUGUUGUCACAUUCCAUUUCAUUGAUUGUCAUCUUGAUCAAAACAUAAGAAAAUAAUAGUUCUGAGUGUUACUUGCAGUGUUACUGCGGGCAAGGGUUUUCAUGCCUUCCUUUAAGUUACAUGAUUUAGGCUCAACAAAGUUUCUGUAUCCAGUGUGUUUUUUUUAGACCCUACAUCUCCUUACUAACUGUAUUCCCAUCCAAGAGCACAUCAUAUUGGCAAAAUGUUUUAAUUUCAGUCUCCCAUUGGUGAAAUAGGACUCAGUUACACAGCCAGUUACUGUUUGCAAUACAUGUAAUUUAAUUACUCAAGUAGAGUAUUGAUGCUGCUUGUACAUGGUUAUUUGUAAGAAUAUCUAUUUUAAAUGUUAGUAAAUGAGAUAAUUUAGUA